UACUUUGCCAUCUUAUAAUAAAAUAUCCCAUAAAGUAAUUAUGUAAUACCCAUACCCAAAUCGUUUAAUCUCGUAGAUAAUAUGCAUGUAGCUAAUUGGCUUCGACUGAAUGCUGAUACAGAUUACAGAUGUUAUUUUUUUUACUUUGUUAACUAUAAUUUGUUAUCAAUUUAUCAACUUCACUACUUCAGCAGUUCAGUCUUCAAUAUUAUUUCAUGAUCGUGAAAAUCAUUUUUAAAUGAUAUUAGAUUUACUUUUAUAAAUAGUUAUUAAUAGUUUUAUUCAUUCCUAGAAUCAUUCUUGUUGUCUUAUUUUCAUUCUUAAAAAUUUAUUUAGACUACCUAAAAUCUAUUUGUAUUUAUAUUUUAUACUUGAAUGUAUCAGUAAAUCAUGUAUAAUAGUUCAACUUCAACAGCUGUAGGUUCAGUAAUGGGACUAAUGUCUCAUUUGACUGCUUCUGAACUCAAAGAAAUACUAAAUGAUGAUAGCAAGUUUGAAAUGUAUGCUAAGGAACUGAAACUGAACAAUGAAAAAGAUACUGAAAAAGAAAUGUUAAUUGUAAGUAAUCAAUCUUUGGCUGAAUUUAAUCUUACCAAAGAACCAGAAUUAGUUAGUGGCAAAGAAAGAUUAUGUGAAAUGUAUGAUGAAGCGGAAAAACUGUAUAAAAGUGUUACUGAAAAAGUAAAUACUUUAAAACAACACAAAGGUAGUAUGAAUCCAGAAACUAUAUUAGCUUUGUUGCAAACUAAAUCAUGCGAAACUGAAGAAGAAUCAGAUAAAUUGGCUGAACAAUUUUUAAGUAGCAGCAUUGACUUAGAAGGCUUUUUAGAAGAGUUCCUGAAGCGACGUAAGGAUAUGCAUUUGCGUAAAGCUAAAGCAGAUAAAAUGGCCGAAUUGCUUAGUAGACGCAAUAAUUCCUUCAGAUCACCAAUAAAUAACAUUCAACCAAUAACAUCAGGAUAUCCACAACCUGGAUACCCCAAUUCAUUUUAUUUUCAACCUACUUCAAUGCCAUAUCCAAAUGUACCCAUUAAUAUGCCUAUGCCAGGCAAUCAAUUUAUGAACAGACAAUUUUAAUAUACUAUUUAUUAAUUAAUAAUUAUAUACAAAAAAUAAUGUUACAUUUAUUAU